GCUUCCUCCACUUCGUUCAUUCAUUCGUUCAUUACACAAAAUGUCCGCCUCAAAAGUUGUCCGGAUGGAAGAAGAUCCAGUGGAAAUCGACACGGGGAAAGUUACUAUUGUCCCAGGAACGAUGACAGAGCCUCAAUGCGCUACCUUUUGUCUACAGGACGAAGAUCAUACUCUCGGAAAUGCACUUCGCUGGACUCUUAUGAAAAAUCCCGAAGUCGACUUUGCAUCUUAUUCAAUCCCUCAUCCUUCAGAAGCAAGGACAAAUAUCAGGAUCCAAACAUCAGACAAAACAACAGCAGUAGAGGCUAUGUUUAAAGGACUAGAUGAUUUGACUGAUAUUUGCAAUCAUGUCAUUCAAAGCUUUCAGACAGAGCUUGCCAAAGGCGAGUUUGAAUACGAUGAGGAAGGUGCUUUUUAAUGUGAUGUACUGAAUUCAAAUUUGCAACACCCACAUAUACAUACAUACAAACAUGGCAUUUUAUAUUUUCAUUUUUCCUUUUAUUAUUAUUUUUCUAUUAUUUUUCUGUAUUAAAGACUUAUUAUAAACUGAAAGAACAAAAAUUAGCCUUUCUGUUCAUUCGGAUGAUGGCGCAUGGAGAAAAAUAAAUAAGUGAAGAAAUAAUCAAUGUCGUUUAUCUUUCUUUUCGUGCAAGAUCAAAUCAUCCACAAGGUUCGUUGGGCGAAGUGGCCACUGAUCAAAUUUGGAAGCAACUUCGUUCACCUGCUCCAGUGUCAUGUAUUUAACCUUGAUGUUGUGGUC